AAACAUAGUUCCACACGGUGUUUGUAUCCAGAGAGCGGCGAGCAGCACCGACUUCCGGGUCAACGAGAAGUUCUGUUUGGACCUGGUCAGAAAGAGGCGUUUUUCUUCUAAUCUCAGUGAUGACGUGGACAUAUAGCCUCUCAGUGGUGGUCUUGACCGGCCUUGAUUUAAAAUCUGGAGUCCGCCCAGUCCGAGACGGAGGCAAGGUCCAGAGACUAUGACGGCUUUGUGUCCUCCCUCCUCCUCCCAGAGGAGGCGCGGCGCUCCUCUUUGGCUCUGAGAGCCUUCAAUGUGGAGCUGGCACAGGCAGGUAAAGGACUCAGUUUCCCAGAAGACCAUUGGUUUGAUGCGAAUGCAGUUCUGGAAGACGGCCAUAGAGGAAAUCUACAGAGACGAUCCACCGAAUCAGCCGGUCAGCGCCGAGCUGUGGAGGGCGGUGAGGAAACAUUACUUGACGAAGAGAUGGCUGCUGAGGAUCAUAACAGAGAGAGAGAAAGAUCUGGAAGACCGAGCGUACAGAAACCUGCAGGAGCUGGAGACGUACUCAGAGAACACACAGUCGUCCCUGAUAUACCUGCUGCUGGAGUGUUUAGGUGUGAAAGACGUCCAUGCCGACCACGCGGCGAGUCACAUCGGUAAAGCUCAUGGAAUCGUGACGUGUCUGAGAGCGACUCCUCAUCACAGCAGCCGACGGAAAGUCUACCUCCCCAUGGACGUCUGCAUGCUGCACGGAGCUUCUCAGGAGGACUUCAUCCGAGGCAGCCGGGAGCAGAACGUCCGAGACGUGGUGUACGACAUCGCCAGUCAGGCUCACGUCCAUCUACAACACGCGCGAUCAUUUAGCUCCAAGAUCCAAGGAGCUGCGACUCCGGCCUUCCUUCAAACAGUGGUGUUGGAGGACUACUUGCAGAGAGUAAGGAGGGCGGAUUUUGAUGUUUUCAACCCCAGUCUGCAGAAGAGAAACCCCCUGCUCCCCCUUCAGCUUUACUUCCGGUCUUGGAAGAACACCUACUGACAUCAGACCUCCUCCUCCAUCUCGCUCUUUCUGCAGCGAGUCCAGUUCGUCUCCUUCCCUCUGGAGGCCGCACCGCUCACCAGAGACUGAACCUCUCUGAAGACCACUUUGUAACAGGUCGAUAACGAAAACCCUAAACUGUUCAGAACCACACAGGUCUGCCACUGAAGUCUGCCUUUUUUCCUUAAUCAUUUACUAACAUCCACAAAUCACACCAGAGACACCAGCUGUCGUUUCUCAACCUCUGGCUCACACUGCAGCUUUGGUCCUCAAAUAUUCAGCAGAAAGAGAUCACAAUCUUUUAUACUCUACUCCUGGUUAUACAGUAUAUUGACCAGAUGUUUGAUGCAAGAUUAAACUGAAAUAUUGGUCCUGUAUUUGUAUGUGAAAAACAUUGUGGCACGUUUAAGAUGAAGUCUGAAAGGAUUAGAAAUGGAAACAUCGGACAGAUUUUAAACCAACAAAUUAACUUUUGACCUAUUCUGCUGAUCCGGCAUCUUAAAACUCAUAAACGUAUGUUGGAGUAAUCCCAGGAUGAGUCUGCAGAGGGCGCUAAACGGCUUGUUCUGCAAAUCACGCAAUAGAUCCCCGAUAUGAAACCAAGAAUUCCACCAGACGGCUUCAAGCCUCUAGGUAAGCCGCUGAAAACUCUUUCAUAGACUCUCUUCUCCGAGCACUGGAGAGCAGCCCUCCUCUGGCAACCCUGCAGCGUUCAGCCCAUCUGGAAGGUUUCCAGAGAUCUGACCAAUCAGAAUAAAGUGGGCACAUGGGGAGGGGGGGCCUUAAAGAGACAGCAGCUGAAAUAUUUGUUUCUUUCCGAGACUGAAAUGAGGGUUUUUAGGGUCGCCCGUAUCUGAUGAAUAAGUUCUAAUUGAUUUGGACGAUUUUGUUCAAACAUGCGUCCCACAUGGACAAUGUGUGGAAACAAUCAGGAGUGCAGUAAAAUGUUUCGCAGGGUCUUUACUGUCCCCUCUGCAAUAAUGUGACACAGUAUGGUGGAGAAGUUGCUGCACAGUCACACUGGGUUGCUAUAGUAACAGUCAGAAUUGCCUUAUCCAUUACAUUGGUGCAGCGAGCCACAAUUGUAUCAUUUGUAAAAAAAAUUGCUUCCCAUAUUUCACCAAAAACAAAGAUCCAGAUCUUCUAAAAAAAUAAAUAAAUGAAAGUAGUUUCAGGAUGUUUUUUAUGAACAUUUUUUGGUUGGUGAGGAUUUUUUUAUCCUUCCGUUUGUUUUUCCUCUUUUCUCUUCUUGGAGCUGAAUAUGGCUGCAGAGGAAAACUCGUACAAGAGCUCUGACACACAUCAUUUCAGCCACCGACUGCAGAGAGGCAUUCAAGUAUCCAAUCAAUGGACAAACAGAAUCAUGAUAAGAGGAAGAUUUUCAUGCAGACUGCAUAGAAACAAGGGUGUUUUUUAAAAGUCUUUGCACUCGAUAGAAGUCAGCAUGUUGAGAGCUGUUGUCAUUUCAAUGCAACCUAAGAAAAACAGUUGAGCAGCUCUUGUCAGUGGCAGCACAGACACACAGGAAUAAUAAUAAUAAUGUAAAUACAAUGUUAAAAACAAUGAAGCUAAUGUCUGCAGUCUUUGGGUUGGGGGCGGUGGGUGAAUUUCACUUCCUGUGGAAAAAAAACGUUCCUCAGUCUGUUGGUGUUUAGAUUGUCCUGUAUCUCCUUCCAGAGGGGAGCGAGGCAGAAGAGAAAGUCUCCAGGGUGGGGUGGGGUCUUUUAUAAUACAGCGAGUGUUUACAUCACUCGCUCUGCCGCCCCUCACCACUCGCUGUAGGACCCUCCUGUCCUCUGCUGUGCAGCAGUCGAUCAGGAGGCUUUCACCGGUGGCUCGAUGGUUUGAAGUUUCCUUCUGCAGCCAAUUGUGUAUGUCUGUCAUUGUGUCCAUUAGUGUGUCUUUGAUCUGAGAUAAAUCUGAUCUACAAAGUCUGAGAACUGAGGCCCGAUGGAGAGCAGAACACUUUGUCUCACACUGAGGCUGGAAAAACACACAGGAGGUUGAGAAACGAUCAUGUUGGAUUUUUUAGGACCAAUCACACUGAAGCAGUUUGUUCUGAUUUAAUAUGAAACACAGUCACACAUCAUGUCUGCUUGUUAGCAUCUGAAGGAUCAAAUGAAAGCAGAAUCUUUAAAUAAAGAGAGAAUCAAUGAGA